AGUCCAUCCGGAGCGGCUCCAGUCUCUGGCUGUUGUCGGGUUGAGGGGGACCGAACAUUCCGGUCUCCGGGGGCUGGGUGGAGUGACGGCCGACUCUGAUCAGAUUUAAGGGAGGAAGGAAACCGGUCUAGUGAAAGAACGACGGUCGGAUAAGAGCCCUGAACACAGUGAAGUUCUUCAGUCGGUUUCACAGUGAUUAAAACUGGGAUUUUACUUGGAUUUUAAACAAGUGUCAUCAGUUUUAUUGGCUGCUUGAGAUAGUGUAUAAUAAUCUCUCUCUCUCUCUCCUGUGGCACAGAACCUGCUGAAGCAGACUGAAUGCAGAUCAAGAACCGUUAACACGUCAUUUACUGUGACAACAGACUCUCACUGUGAUGUCACUGAGAAAUGUGAAUAUUCUGUGAUGUUACUGCGCACUGUGAUGUCACUGAGAAAUGUGAAUAUUCUGUGAUGUCAGCGCGCACUGUGAUGUCACUGAGAAAUGUGAAUAUUCUGUGAUGUCAGCGCGCACUGUGAUGUCACUGAGAAAUGUGAAUAUUCUGUGAUGUCAGCGCGCACUGUGAUGUCACUGAGAAAUGUGAAUAUUCUGUGAUGUCAGCGCGCACUGUGAUGUCACUGAGAAAUGUGAAUAUUCUGUGAUGUCAGCGCGCACUGUGAUGUCACUGAGAAAUGUGAAUAUUCUGUGAUGUCAGCGCGCACUGUGAUGUCACUGAGAAAUGUGAAUAUUCUGUGAUGUCAGCGCGCACUGUGAUGUCACUGAGAAAUGUGAAUAUUCUGUGAUGUCAGCGCGCACUGUGAUGUCACUGAGAAAUGUGAAUAUUCUGUGAUGUCAGCGCGCACUGUGAUGUCACUGAGAAAUGUGAAUAUUCUGUGAUGUCAGCGCGCACUGUGAUGUCACUGAGAAAUGUGAAUAUUCUGUGAUGUCAGCGCGCACUGUGAUGUCACUGAGAAAUGUGAAUAUUCUGUGAUGUCAGCGCGCACUGUGAUGUCACUGAGAAAUGUGAAUAUUCUGUGAUGUCAGCGCGCACUGUGAUGUCACUGAGAAAUGUGAAUAUUCUGUGAUGUCAGCGCGCACUGUGAUGUCACUGAGAAAUGUGAAUAUUCUGUGAUGUCAGCGCGCACUGUGAUGUCACUGAGAAAUGUGAAUAUUCUGUGAUGUCAGCGCGUGGAGUAAUUUGAGGCGCACAGAUCUAGCAUCAGUCUGUUGUUUCACUUACACAACCUUCACUUAUGUUUUAUUACAGUCUUGAUAAACCUCUUAUGAUGCUUUAAACGAAGAGUUUAAGCCAAACCUGUGUUUUCUUCAUUCUAUAUUCCCUUACAACAAACCUUAAUAUCUUAUGCACCUAUAUGCUUCUCAAGUUGUGUUGUGCCUGUUCAAAUUCAAGCCUGGGUUCAUUUUGUCGACAAAAGCAUCAAAUCAGGCUCGUAAAUGUAAAAGAAGCCCAGGGGUUUGUGGGUAGUUCAGCAUUUAUACAACAGCUUGAGUUCUGCUAUAAACACACGGAGGGCGUGGCAUUGGACUCUUGUGUGUCUCGAUGAACUUUGCUCUUCGUGUCUCGAUCAUUUCUCUGUAAGUUGAUGGUUAGAUAAGAGCUGUUCAUUCAUGAAUCCUCUCUCACUGACGCGUGUGUGGUUCAUGUCAGCUGGAGCUGAUAAAUCAGGGUCAAUGUUUAACCUUUCGCUUACUUUCAAAUCAUCAUGUUCUGCUUUGUGUUAUCUGUGUUGUAAGCUGCACAUUUUCUGGUGUGUAAAGGUGCGCUGGGGUUUGUAGGUGGUCGUCGGGGUGUUGCAGCUGGUUUUUAGCAUGUUGUUGAUUCGUGGUUGUAUCUUGUUCUGUGCCGUUCAGAUGUAUGGGAUAUUUUUGAAUGGUGAAAGUAAUGGCGCACCUCCUGUCUUCAACAGCCCUAGUGCAUGCAGGUGACUUAUGACAUCACUUCCUGUUUCCAGUCGUCAUCUGAAGUCUCUCUUCUGUCAGAAUUUGAUAUCAGACUCAUUUAUGAUCGAUGGAUCCAUUGAUUGUUGUAUGAUUAGGCUUCCAGCCAUAGAUUGACAGAAGGUUUCCACGGUGACGGAUAAGCAUCACAUAUAACCCAGCCCAGCGGUCUGCAUAAAAUGAGCAGCUGUUGUAUGAGAGCUCAGAGCCGGAGCAAAGUUCACCAUCUGAACGUCAUCUCCGACAUACCUGCAGAGAACGGAGCCCUUUCUACAAGACCACGCCCGUCUGAGGUGACAUCAUCCUCUGAUGUCAUCCGGAGACCACCCUCGGCACGCUGGUGUGACAUCACUGUGCCGCAGGUCUCGCUAAAGCCGCGGGGCAGCUGCGUCGGAGCUCUCGUCCUCAGGGCAAGACAAACGCAAUCUCUUGAAUUCAAACAAUCUGAGCUGAAAUGAGCUGCGCUGUUUUUGGCUCGCCUCUCGGCCUGUAAUGGGCUCUCUGGACAGAUUCAUGUGCUGGGAUCCAGGCCCUGCACUCCGUCAUGAAAGAAGGUCUUCAGGAAUGCAAGCGAGAGGUCAACAUCAUGAGGAGAGAGAGAGAUGGAAUUUCCCUCUUCAGUCAGCCAUCGGCAGCGUCAGGCCUUUAACACACUACAGUAAUGGAUGGAUCACCGAUCUUGACAUUCAUAGAAGCAAGAACGUCACACUGGUUUGGAGUGACAGAACUUCAGGUGUUCUGGGAUGCAGCACACAUGCACAAACAUCUGGACAAAACUACCCACAAACCCCUGCGUGACCCUCAAACCCAACAGCUGCAGGAGCUUCGUGGCACAGCACUACAGACAACAUCACCAGAAUUCUGACACAACACACUGAACUCGUCUGCUCUGAAUACAUCACAGUCAACAUCAAACAAAAGAAAAACAAGGGUCACACGUAUAAAUGUCUGUUAUAGGCCCGAACUUUAAACAAGGAAUUCAAUGACAUCACUGUUCUGCGAGUACAUAUAAUGAUACAUCAUCAGUCCAGAUAAACAGAUGAAUCACACACAUGACGAUGAAACGCAACAUCAGGAGACGUGCUGCAUGUGAAACUGAUGUUCAGUGACUCAAACCUUCAUGUUUUGGAGAAGAGUGUGUUCCAGCAUUGAUGAUGUCACAGUGUCUUCAGCUCCUCACCUCGCUGAUAAUGAGCACAGAUUCUGAAGAAUCACACUCCAAAGUGAUCAAACUGACACAACUCCGCUUACACCCCAAACUCAAUUACAAGACUGGAAUGGAAACAAUGAUGAAGCGUCAGAGAGUUCCAGAGACGAUGCUGCUGCUGAUGGAAAACAGGCGGCACACAUUGAAAAGGGUCAGUAUGUGACACUGAAGUGCGAGAGCCGCUCGACCUCAUGACAAUGAGACUCCAGCUAAUGAGACGCUUCAGCGUCAUGAUCCACAUUUAAAACAUGUCAAGACCCUGCAGGACUUUCAAGGAGCCCUGCAAGAUUCUUCGCUGGCCCAUAUAAACCCCGCUCCUAACUCGCUCCACAGUCGGCAAACCCAACCCGGACGACACAGACAUGAGAGGUUCAUCGUAUUCCCAGAAGACCCUGAGCGUCAGCGGAUCCAGCAGGAUGAGGGUCCAGAGCCCGUCGCCCUCUCGAUGCCGCGGGUCGUCGUACAGCCGCGGCCGGGCCGGAUUCCAGAGUCAGGCCGUGGAAGUCGCUACGGAGAUCCAUCAGCAUCACGCCAAUGAGAAAGAGGAGAUGCAGGAGCUGAACGUGCGCUUCGCCGGCUACAUCGAGAAGGUCCAGGCGCUGGAGCAGAGAAACGCCGUCCUGAGAGCUGAGCUGGAGAGCCUGCAGGGCCGAUUUAAGGGAGGUCCCGCUGGACUCGGGGAGGAAUACGAGCAGAAGUUUAAAGAGAUGAAAGAUCUCAUCGAAGCUCUAACGGCAGAGAAGGGAGCGGCUGACAUCGAGAGAGGAUACAUCGAGGAGGAGGUGGAGGUCUGGAGACUGAAGCUGGAGGAAGAGCUGGCCCUCAGAGAGGAGGCGGAAAUCAUCCUGCGCGAGUUCCGCCAGGACGUGGACAACGCCACGCUACAGAAGGCUGACCUGGAGAAACGCAUCGAGCAGCUCGUGGCCGAGAUCGAGUUCCUGAAAAAGCUCCACGACGAGGAAGUGGCCGACCUCCUCCGACAGAUCGAGGAGUCUAAGGUAACGGUGGAGCUGGACUCGGACAGACCCGACCUGGCCGCCUACCUGCGCAACAUGCGCGCCGAGAUCGAGGCCGUGGCCGCCCGCAACGUCCAAGAAGCCGAGAAGUGGUACAAGGGCAAGUUCGACACCCUGAAGGAGCAAGCCGGCAAACAUGAGAACCAGAUGAAGACCAUGAAGGAGGAGAUCACCACCUUCCACAACCAAGUGUCAGACCUGCAGAACCAGAUCGACGGUCUGAGAGCGUGCAACGGGGCGCUGGAACAGCAGCUGGAGGACAUGGAAGUGGCUCAUCUGGAUAAGGCGGUGGGUCUGGAGGGCGUCAUCGCUCAGCUGGAGACCCAGUUGUGCGAGACCAAAGCAGAAAUGGGCAAAUACAUGUCCGACUACCAGGAGCUGCUUCACGUCAAACUGAGGCUGGACGCCGAGAUCGCCACCUACAGGAAACUUCUGGAAGGAGAAGAGCGACGACUGGGAAUCUCUGCUGACGGAGUGGCAGAAGCCGUGACGGAAGCCAGAACCAUGUCCGUGUCUCGUACUGUAGAGACGCACACAGCUAUUCAAGGAUCCCUCUGAGGAUUGAAGACACGACUCGUCCCGCUAAUCUAAAGUUAACCGGCCGUCUGACAGAAAACUACACUCUUAAAAAGAAACCGUUCUUCACACUAUAGACACAUGUUGAGGUCUCAGAAAACCUUUCAGUCAUGUUUCUGAUAUUUUUGUAGUCUGAAGAACUUUUGGCCGCCCUGAAGAAAACUUGUCUCUUUCUGGAACCGCACGGCCUGACAACGAGCAUUUAUUUUUAAGAGUGUACGUACGCUAAAUGUGUGUGACCAAAAAUAUGUUUGCAAGUACUAAAUAAAGCUUGAUUUCAGCCCACGUCGUGUGUCUCUGUGUGAGAGUUCUGACAGUCUGAACUGUUGCUGGUUUUGGUGUCUUUAACGUUACUGUAAAAGCGAACCAGGGGCGUCGCUAGACCCCUUUUACUGGGGCACGUGCCACAGUAUAAAUCUCAAGUUUAAGUUUUAACAAUUUACUUUAUUUGUGUAUUCAUUUACAUUGAUAUCCAUCAAACAACUGAUCUAAAUGCAAUGUUAGUAACUCAAUUCACACUUUUAAAAGCGACGCGGUCGCGCACUUUAAUCAAAAACACAAACUUGGCGGCGACUCGUGCCGUACCUUUGUGCGCGCGUGUCUGCGUUUCCUUGCAACAACUGCAGCUGCGUACGCAGACGAGCAGAGGUGACGACAUGCGCCUGAGGUAGGCUAUAACGAAACUAAUUACGUUUCUAAAUAAUAUCGAUUAUCAAGACUUGAUCAACAAACUACUGUACAACCCCAGCCAGUCAGGUAUCAGAACAUUAGAGGAAAAAGUCUCGUUUGGGAAAACCUUUGUUUUGAUAUAAAUGCUCUUCAUUUUAGUUUCAUUGGUUUCUUGCAUUGUAAAUUCUUGAAAAGAUGCAAUUAUUCUUUGUUAUCAUUUUGUAAUGAAGAAGAAUGCAAAUAUGCAAGAAAAAAGAUCUCUGCUUUCGUUAUUUCCAUGCAGUGGAAUGCCAUUUACGCCUUAAACCCAAGCGGUGAAAGCAACACGGAAGUGACUAAAACUGGAAUUGAUCGACAGGCCGCUAGAGGCCGGCUCCACACAAGAGCAGAAUCUCAUUAAGUGAAAGUGACCUAUUAGUCAGAUAUGGUGACCCAUACCCGAAAUGUGACCUCUGCAUUUAACCCAUCCAGAGAGUAGUGACCACACGCACACAAGUGGUGACCACACGUACCCCCGGAGCAGUGGGCAGCUAUCACUGCAGCGCCCGGGGAGCAAGUCUGUCUCUCUAACCAUUAGGCCACGACUGCCCAUUGAGCCCCAUGUUAAAUGGCCAACUUUACAGCACAAAAAAUAUUUCUAUAUAUUCUAUCUAUAGGUCUAUAGAGGUAAUUUUGCCAUUUUUUGUGCAGUUUCAGGUAAUUUACAUCAACAGUAAGCGUUUAAAUGUCAACCGCCAAUAGGUCGAGCUUGGCGGGCGUGGCUUGUUUCAGCAACCAGGCACAUCAGCUCCACCCACGUCCUGCCUCUUUGCCCAUUUUCGAUUAUCCGGGAGUGACGCGCGAUGCCAAGAUGGCGACGACCAGCUCUGCCUACUUAAGGGCCUCAGACAGAACGCGUCGUUUGUUGCGAGACGCGCCUCUUUUGAAUUGUUUUCAGUUGGCAGGGCGCGGCCGCCUCGCGUUUUAGGCGGAGCGCUCUGAGCGCCCGAAGUUGAAAAAAGUCAACUCAGCGCUUGACGUCAUGUGCGCUUUUUUCCAUUGUCCAAUCGAAUGAGUGGAGAGGCGGGGCUUCCCUCGUGGCAACGGAAGUUUACAGAUGCUCGGAACGCCUGGAGACAUGGAGGAGAAACUUGUUGUGGCUGUUUCGGGUUACCUAGCAACAUACAAAAAACGCUGCGCGCUGCUCUUUUCUACUCUUCGCAAACCUACGGGUGACGUCACGGACACUACGUCCAUAUUUUAUACAGUCUGUGCUUAAAUCAUGUUAAUAAUGUUGAUGUUAAGUGCGUUUAAGAUACUUGAAUAUUUCGAGCAGGCUUUC